UUGAGUGCCCAGCGCUCGUGGGGGCUGGGAAGGGACGUCAAAGGGAGACAAAGGAAGGAAAAUGCAAGAAGAUGAACUUCAGUUUUCUAGGAGUUCUGAUAAAAAGGGUCUGAAGGGGAACUGUUUGGCCUUGUCAUUCAAGUAUUUCAGAAGCUCCAGGUGGUUCACCUUCACAAGAUUGAACACGGAGAGUGAGACUGCCGUGGUGAACGUCACCUACUCCAACCGGGAGCAGACCAGGCAAGCCAUCAUGAAGCUCAAUGGCCACCAGCUGGAGAACCAUGCCUUGAAGGUCUCCUAUAUCCCCGACGAGCAGAUCGCACAGGGUCCCGAGAACGGGCGCCGCGGGGGCUUUGGCUCUCGGGGUCAGCCCCGACAGGGCUCGCCGGUGGCUGCCGGGGCCCCGGCCAAGCAGCAGCAGGUGGACAUCCCGCUGCGGCUCCUGGUGCCCACCCAGUAUGUGGGCGCCAUCAUUGGCAAGGAGGGCGCCACCAUCCGCAACAUCACAAAGCAGACCCAAUCGAAGAUAGACGUGCACAGGAAGGAGAACGCAGGUGCUGCAGAGAAGGCCAUCAGUGUCCACUCGACCCCUGAGGGCUGCUCCUCCGCCUGUAAGAUGAUCUUGGAGAUCAUGCAUAAGGAGGCCAAGGACACCAAAACGGCCGACGAGGUCCCCCUAAAGAUCCUGGCGCAUAAUAACUUUGUGGGGCGUCUCAUUGGCAAGGAGGGGCGCAACCUGAAGAAGGUGGAGCAGGACACGGAGACAAAAAUCACCAUCUCCUCGCUGCAGGACCUCACCCUCUAUAACCCCGAGAGGACCAUCACCGUGAAGGGGGCCAUCGAGAACUGCUGCAGGGCUGAGCAGGAGAUCAUGAAGAAAGUUCGGGAGGCCUAUGAGAAUGACGUGGCUGCCAUGAGUCUGCAGUCUCAUCUCAUCCCCGGCCUGAACUUGGCCGCCGUGGGUCUUUUCCCAGCCUCGUCCAGUGCAGUCCCGCCACCUCCCAGCAGCGUCACCGGAGCUGCGCCCUACAGCUCCUUCAUGCAGGCUCCAGAGCAGGAGAUGGUGCAGGUGUUCAUCCCUGCCCAGGCGGUGGGCGCCAUCAUCGGCAAGAAGGGGCAGCACAUCAAGCAGCUCUCCCGCUUUGCCAGCGCCUCCAUCAAGAUUGCUCCUCCUGAAACUCCAGACUCCAAAGUUCGUAUGGUCAUUAUCACUGGACCCCCAGAGGCCCAAUUCAAGGCUCAGGGAAGAAUUUACGGGAAACUCAAGGAGGAGAAUUUCUUUGGUCCCAAGGAGGAAGUAAAGCUGGAAACCCAUAUCCGGGUACCAGCGUCAGCAGCUGGCCGGGUUAUUGGCAAAGGUGGCAAAACGGUGAACGAGUUGCAGAAUUUGACAGCAGCCGAGGUGGUGGUGCCGAGAGACCAGACCCCCGAUGAGAACGACCAGGUCAUCGUUAAGAUCAUCGGGCACUUCUAUGCCAGCCAGAUGGCUCAGAGGAAGAUCCGAGACAUCCUGGCCCAAGUUAAACAGCUGCACCAAAAGGGACAGAGUAACCAGGCCCAGGCGCGGAGGAAGUGACCCGCCCCUGCCCCGACAUCGACUCGAGGACGACGGGCUGAAACCGAGGGCGCCUUCUCCCCAGCAGGCCUGAGAAUGAGUGGGAAUCAGGGGCACGUGGGCUGGGACGUAGAUCAGGUUUGCCCACUUGUUUGAGAAAGACGUUCCAGUGAGGAACCCUGAUCUCUCUGCCCCGAACCCCCACCCGAUCGGCCCGGCGCUGCCCGCCCCUCAGGGUGUCACCGUGGAAAUUCUAGCUCAGGGUGCUUUUAAACGUGGAUUGUUCUAAGUAAGUUCUUCAUUUCCCACCAAGAGGGUGGGCAAGA